UUCUGGGCGUGACAGGCUAUUUCAAUAAGCAGGCCACUGGCAUCCUCACUAUUUGCAACCGAUCCCUACUGUACAGAGGUGCUUUUUAAGCUUCAGUUAUUUUUUAACUCCGAUAACACUCUCCCUUCACAAUGUGUGACGAGGACGUCGCCGCGCUGGUCAUUGACAAUGGCUCUGGCAUGUGUAAGGCCGGUUUUGCUGGGGACGACGCACCACGAGCGGUGUUCCCGUCCAUCGUUGGACGCCCAAGACAUCAGGGUGUGAUGGUUGGUAUGGGGCAGAAGGACAGCUACGUCGGCGAUGAGGCCCAGAGCAAGAGAGGUAUCCUCACCCUGAAGUACCCCAUUGAACACGGCAUCGUCACCAACUGGGACGAUAUGGAAAAGAUCUGGCAUCACACCUUCUACAACGAGCUGCGUGUGGCCCCCGAGGAGCACCCAGUCCUGCUGACAGAGGCUCCACUGAACCCUAAGGCCAACAGGGAAAAGAUGACCCAGAUCAUGUUUGAGACCUUCAACGCUCCAGCCAUGUACGUCGCCAUCCAGGCAGUGCUGUCUCUGUACGCCUCUGGUCGUACUACGGGGAUCGUGCUCGACUCCGGCGAUGGUGUCACCCACACAGUACCUAUCUACGAGGGUUACGCCCUACCCCACGCCAUCCUCCGUUUGGACUUGGCUGGUCGUGAUCUCACAGAUUACCUCAUGAAGAUCCUCACCGAGCGUGGCUACUCCUUCACCACCACAGCCGAGAGAGAAAUCGUCCGUGAUAUCAAGGAAAAACUGUGCUACGUCGCCUUGGACUUCGAGCAGGAGAUGCAGACGGCCGCUUCCUCCAGCUCCCUGGAGAAGAGCUACGAGCUGCCCGACGGACAGGUCAUCACCAUCGGUAACGAGCGAUUCAGGUGCCCGGAGGCCAUGUUCCAGCCUUCGUUCCUUGGCAUGGAGUCGGCCGGCGUGCACGAGACCGUCUACAACUCCAUCAUGAAGUGUGAUGUGGAUAUCCGUAAAGACUUGUACGCCAACACCGUGCUGUCUGGAGGUAGCACCAUGUACCCGGGCAUUGCCGACCGUAUGCAGAAGGAAAUCUGCGCCCUGGCCCCACCGACCAUGAAGAUCAAGAUCAUCGCUCCACCAGAGAGGAAAUACUCCGUAUGGAUCGGAGGCUCCAUCUUGGCUUCUUUGUCCACCUUCCAACAGAUGUGGAUCAGCAAACAGGAAUACGACGAGUCCGGACCCAGCAUCGUCCACCGCAAGUGCUUCUAAACCGUGAAACCCUGAACCGCUAGAAUUCAUUCAAAAGACGGAAUGACCCCCCAUGCCUCGUUUUAGCUAACCCAAAGAGACACAUAGAAUAGAGGUGAUCAAAACCAUAUCAUUGAGACAAUGCUUGAGCUAACGAGCCAUGUUUUCUUGUUGCCAUAUGAAGGAGGUUGUUUGAAGUUUUCUGUGAUUUUUAUUUUUUAACCGAAGCUUAGAAAGGACUGAUCGUAGACGCAGCCAGGGUCGUCCAAUGCAAUCUUGCCAGAGAGAUAGCUUAAAAGCACUUUGCUUUAGAAAAAAGUAGAAAGAUAAUUUGCAUUUUUUAAAAUAAACGGACAGAGAUGUUUUUACUUUAUAAAGACAGUUUUUAUUACACAUAGAAUGUGUUCGUAUGUUGUUGUAAAAUAAAGUUUAUUGUUUUCUUAAGGGAACAAAGAAAUAAAACUUUGAAAUGUUUAA